AUGAGCGUCAGGCCGGUGGUCCGUCAAAACGGGCUAGAUAUAAUGCUGUUCCCUAACUCCGAGACCGACGAUGAUGCCGAUGAUGAGCACUUCUACUCGGACGACGAUCACACCGACGAGGAAUAUGUCGUUUCCAGUGACAGUGAUGAUGAUAGUCUCCCCGAGCCUGAUGCCGAGGAUAGGGCCCUUGCUGUCGUUCCCCGAUACCGACGAUGA